UCUAAAAUACCAAAAUAUUGACUCGAACAAUAAAAUCCCGAAACUACCCUCCCCCAACUACCACCACCACGUCUCGACCUGACACGGCGACUCCCCCCUGCCGUCUCCUCCCUCUUUAAAAUCCCUUCCCAUCUCUCUCUUCCCUCUUCAGGUUCAUCUCUCUCCCUCUCUGUCUGCUGCAUUGACACGGGAAAGUUAUGGCUCUUGCAAGUAGUUCGUCCCUUCCCACCAAAUCUGUGUUUCAAACCCAAUCCCUUCUACCUUCCUCCAAACCCCACCAACCCUCUCUCUCUCUUAUUCCCACCAACCUCAAGCACAGAUCCGCCCAUCCCAUCUCAGCCGUCCAUUCCUCCGACUCCCCCAAGAACCCCAUUGUCUCCGACAAGCCCCCAAAGCCUGCAGCUUCGACGACAUCGGCCGCAUCUACGGCCACGACCACGCCGGCGGUGAUUGCUGAUGCAAUUCCCAAGAAAUGGAGCCUGGACAGCUGGAAGAGCAAGAAGGCCCUGCAGCUGCCGGAGUACCCGGAUCAGGAAGAGCUAGAAUCUGUGCUCCUGACGCUCGACGACUUCCCGCCGAUAGUGUUCGCCGGCGAGGCCAGGAGCUUGGAGGAACGCCUCGGCGAGGCGGCCAUGGGCAAUGCUUUUCUUCUUCAGGGCGGGGAUUGUGCGGAGAGUUUCAAGGAGUUUAAUGCCAACAACAUUAGGGACACAUUCAGGAUCCUCCUUCAAAUGGGCGCCGUCUUGAUGUUCGGAGGCCAAAUGCCCGUUGUCAAGGUGGGAAGAAUGGCGGGUCAGUUUGCGAAACCGAGAUCGGAUCCAUUUGAGGAGAAGGACGGUGUGAAGUUGCCUAGUUACAGAGGGGAUAAUGUGAAUGGUGAUGCAUUCGAUGUGAAGUCAAGAACUCCGGACCCGCAGAGGAUGAUUAGAGCCUAUUGCCAAGCUGCAGCGACUCUGAAUCUUCUGAGGGCUUUCGCCACUGGAGGGUAUGCGGCUAUGCAAAGAGUUACCCAGUGGAAUCUGGAUUUCACGGAGCACAGCGAGCAGGGAGAUAGGUACCGGGAACUUGCUCACCGAGUUGAUGAGGCCCUUGGAUUCAUGUCUGCUGCUGGACUAACAGUUGACCAUCCUAUCAUGACAACUACUGAGUUCUGGACAUCUCAUGAGUGCUUGCUUUUGCCGUAUGAGCAGUCACUUACUAGGCAGGAUUCAACUUCUGGCUUCUACUAUGACUGUUCUGCCCAUAUGCUUUGGGUAGGAGAACGCACCCGGCAAUUGGAUGGUGCCCAUGUCGAAUUCCUGAGAGGAGUUGCUAAUCCCUUGGGCAUUAAGGUAAGCGAUAAGAUGGAUCCAAAGGAGCUAGUCAAGCUCAUUGAGAUUUUGAAUCCUCAGAACAAACCUGGAAGGAUAACAGUGAUCGCACGAAUGGGAGCAGAGAACAUGAGGGUGAAGCUUCCUCAUCUAAUUAGGGCAGUUCGAAGGGCAGGCCAAAUUGUUACUUGGGUUAGUGAUCCUAUGCAUGGAAAUACCAUCAAGGCUCCUUGUGGUCUCAAAACUCGGCCAUUUGAUGCCAUUAGGGCCGAAGUGAGAGCAUUUUUUGAUGUACACGAGCAAGAAGGAAGCCAUCCGGGGGGAGUUCAUCUGGAGAUGACCGGGCAGAAUGUGACCGAGUGCAUCGGUGGAUCGCGAACUGUGACAUUUGAUGAUCUAGGCUCGCGCUACCACACCCACUGCGACCCCAGGCUCAAUGCUUCCCAAUCCCUGGAGCUUGCCUUCAUCAUUGCAGAGCGCCUUAGAAAGAGGAGGAUUGGAUCCCAGCGCUCCCUCUCCUCCUUCGCCCUGUAGAAUGGCCACGACCCCUUACCAAUAUGUCGACUUCUUUUUCUUGAUUAUUGGUGGCAUUAUCAAUAUAAAUUUAGUUUUGUAAUUUAGAUAAUGCUAUGUAUGGUAUGUAUGCUUAUUAUACUGGAACAAGAACACGGUUCGACCCUCCAAAAGGGGCCAAGCAAUAAAGGGCUGAAGUAGUCAAUCCGUUCAACA